GACCCAUUCGGUCCAUAAUCUCCAGUCGUUGGGCCGCACUGACUAGGCUUUAACGCCAAGUGUGCGGCGUCGCGAUGCUCACUAGGCGCACUGAUGUGGAGGCAUACUCUUCGUGUAGUUUCAAUUCGGACAACAGCCGUGCCAGUAGACUAUCUUGUGUCAAUGCUUCUUCUUCAAGCCACAGAGGACUCUCGGAUGAUCUCGGCAAGUUUAAAGGGCGGUUGGAGCUUGGAUUCCAAGAAACUGACCGCUUCUCGGCCAGAAUCCAGUUAUGUCCGUCUUACUCUGAGACAUGACCUGCUGUCAGCCCAUAGUGGACUUCCCUCGACUUUGCGAUGCUGCAGAUGCUUUCGCAAGCAUUACCGCGUUGUCUCUCAGCUCGAGUGCGGCUUUGAACUUCUGGUUCUUCUCAUGGGGUUAUCUUGGCAAGUUUGGGCGGGACCGUUGGAGAGGGAGGGAACUCCUAUACGUCGGGGGUUGUUUAUCGUUUUGUACCGGAAUAACAGAUGGCUGAUAUCUGUUAGCAAGAACAUGCCAGAGAGCACGUUCCAAGCAACUCAAUGCAAACGUGAGACUGGUAGAGCCGGCAACAACAGCUCGCUAUAGACUUUCAAUGCCACAUUUAUCUGAAUCUGACCAGUUGGGCCGUACUACUAUGCUCUUGACAGACGUAGCUGACUGCUCCUUGUAGAAUUCAGGUAAGCAGCGUCCGAAGAGCCCGAAUUGCUUCUGAAAGGGUCGCGCUUGACAAUCCUCGACGUCUCU